AUGACUCCCCCACGGAGCUCAGGUGGAUCCAAGCUGUCCAGGAUACUCAGUGCACUCAACCCAAUGACUUGGAGACGACGUCUGGACUUGGACACCCGAACCUUCCUCAUGAUGUUGAAAGGCGCUUUGCCACCGACCAUUGUCAUCGCGAUUUAUCAGAGCAGCUCCAUAGCCGAUAUCACCCUGACCAUCGGCUACCUAUCUGCUUUGAUAUCCGUCUUGUCGCAGGCUUUAAUGCCCCGCGCCAAAUUCAUGAAAAUCAUCUUCUUCGAUCUCCUGUCCACAUGCGUAUCAGCAUCCCUCUGUUGUCUAGCGAUCUACUGUGCUGUGAAAGCAAGAGAGCACAACACCCCCAGAGACGCAAGUGACAGCGUCUGCAAUGGCUUCAGCAGUGAUGCCUGUGCUGUAUCUGCCAUAUGGUUGAUUUUCAUGAUCUGGGGUGCUAACACAAUCCGUGCCUGGAAGCCGCUGGAGCUACAGGAUCCCAUGGUGGCAUUUUCCAUUUUCUGCUCUGUCACCAUCACUCGAGCCGGUACGUUUGUGACACUGUCCGAGGGAUUGAGCUUUGUCAGUCGACUCUUGAAAGGAUUUUUGCUGGGAUUCGCGAUUGCUACCGGCAUAUCUCUGUUCAUACUGCCGAUUACGAGCAGAGGCCACGUGUUUGAGGACAUCAGGGGCUACGUUACGCAGAUUGACGCCGUACUCCAAGCUCAGAUUGUUUUUGUGGGUGAGACCCCGCACUUGUGGACCGGUGAAAAGAGUCUGCUAAGUCGAACUCGGACUGCGCGCAGUGGAUGGGACGCCGGGAACAAUGCGGAAUCGGAUCUGGAGUCGAGAAAGAAAUCCCUCGCCGCAGCAGUGACGAAGCUGAACGCCUUGCAUGGCAAGUUGCAGUCGGAUAUGUUCUACUCGAAAGAUGAGAUUGCUUGGGGAAAGCUCGCGGAUGAGGAUCUAAAUACUAUUGGAGGUCUGCUGCGAAGCCUUUUGCUGCCGCUCUCGGGGAUGGCGAUGCUGCCUGAUAUACUGGAGAUGAUCGUGAAAACUGAAGGGACCCGCAAUAACAGCACACUUUCAGAUGAGAAUAACGAAGAAGUCUCUAGAAAGCAGGCUGAAUUGCAGAAAGCUACUGAGACACUUUACGAAAGAUUGGUGGAGUCUGCCCGCCUGGUGAAAGUCGGUCUUCAGUAUUUUCUGCUGGGUCUGGAACUCAAAAAGAAAAGGCAACUCGAGAAACGUUCAAAGCAAGAUGAAGAGGCAAUGGGAGACCUGCUCAAUCCGUUGCAGGAGGGCUUUUCAGCACUAUUCCAGCAGCAGGUAACACAGUACUAUUCCCAGCGCAAAGACCUUACAGGGAAAUUAGCCUCCCUCGAGGCAUUUUCUGUGUCUGAAAAGACCGAUGUGGCCUCGGCAAAUGAUAGUGAGAGAGCAGUUGCAGCAGACCCCGAUGUGAGACAGGAAUUCUUCAUGAUCCUAUACAUGGGCCAUCUGCAAGACAGCAUUCUGAAGGCGACGCUCGACCUGAUCGAAUUUGCAGAUAACAAGAUUGAGGACGGUACAAUGAAACGUAGCCGGCUCAUCUUUCCCAAGCAAAGGACGAUCCUACAGUGGUUAAGUCCGGGUUCCGAGCAGAAAGAAUCCGGUGUCACUGGUGACCGACGACAGUCUUCCCACGUUAGUCCCUCGGCUGUUUAUGAAGAGCGCGAAGCAGACACAUUUCCAGACCCGGAACACCUUCCACCUGUCAAUCUCAUCGAGAAGGGAAGCAUAUUGCUUCGCGUGAUAUCGAAGGUCAUCAGGUCUGAACAGAGCAUUUUUGGAUUCCGUGUUGCAGCAGCGGCAUUCUGCGUUGGCAUCUUAGCCUUCUUGCGCCAGACCCAGGAGUUCUUCAUCCACCAAAGAUGUAUCUGGGCCAUGAUCGUUAUUGUGAUUGGCAUGAACCCAACCAGUGGACAGACCAUGUUUGGUUUUGUGGCUCGUAUUGCUGCGACUGUUGUGUCGAUGGUGUUGAGUUUGAUAGUGUGGUAUAUAGUGGACGGGAAGACCGCAGGUGUCAUCGUCUUCCUUUAUCUCGGCAACGUGUUUGAAUACUACUUCUACAUCAAAGUUCCUCAAUACUUCGGCGCGACUGUCAUUGCCAUUGUGACGUUCAACGUCAUCGUGGGUUAUGAGUUGCAGGUCCGCAAACUCGGAAUCGAAGUCGCCACUUCCAACGGCCAACCCUACUAUCCCAUCUACAUCUUCGGCCCCUACAAACUCGCAGCAGUCGCAGCCGGCUGCGCCAUCUCCUUCUUCUGGGUAAUCUUCCCCUAUCCUAUCACCGCCAAAUCCACCCUCCGCAAAGCCCUCGGACGGGGUCUCUUCGUCCUCGCCAAAUUCUACAGCUGCAUGCACACGACCAUCGAGCUCUGGCUCAACGGCGAGCUAGGCAGCCUGCACGACGUGCGCUCCGCAUCCCACCACCUCGACCACACCCGCCACAAGAUUUUCAAGGAAGAGAUGAUCCUCCUCAACAGCCUCCGCAUGCACAGUCACUUCACCACCUUCGAGCCCCCGAUUGGCGGCAAGUUCCCCAAGCCGACCUACGACCGCAUCAUCGGCCAGAUCCAGCGCAUGCUCACCAGUAUGGCGCUGAUGGCACACACCACGCAGAGCCUGGACGCUCUGGCGGUGGCGGGAGGAUCCGACGGCAACACUUCUGCUGCGGCGGAAAAUAACAAAUGGGUGGCCAGGCUCGCGUCGAUCGCGCUGCAGUCGGCGGGGUUCAGGUCGCACCAGGUCACCUCGCUGCUCUGCCAUCUGUCGGCCGCGAUGAUGAACGCGCAGCCGCUGCCGCCGUACCUGUCGACGGGGGACUCGUUUCCUCUGGCAAGGGAGCUGCAGCGGAUUGAUGGUGAGCUGCUGAGCAUUCGACAUCUGGAGGAUCCGGCUUUUUCGACGUUCGUGUGUCUGGAGGUGCUGCGGUCGGUCGUGAGCUUCACCUUGGAUGAUUUGUUGCGGGAUGUGAGGAGUCUUGUCGGAGAGUUGAGCUUCGACUUUCAUGUGCGCCAUGCGCAGGAUUAUGCGGAGUCGCAACGCUUGAUGUCGGAGGGAGACGCUUGA